AUCCAUGAAUAAAAACAAGAAUGUGUGUAGGCCCACUGAUGAAGACUUUGUUCAGAAGAAGAAGAAGAAGUUCCGUCUUGUGCAUCUUCUUGGAAUCCUGUAUGCUGCCCUCAGGUUUCUUGGAGAACCAGUCUUGGUCUCAGACCUCAUCAGAUGGGUUUUAGAGGGUCACCUGCCUUUCUAUGGAACCAGCGAUGUCCUACCUAAGGACAUCACAGGCAAGUUUGAUUCGUCUGGUACUCAUGUGUUCCUUGUGGCUAAACCAGAUCUGCUUUAUACCUCUAAGCUUCAAGAGCCAGUCUCUCAUGUUCUUAGUGUGUUAGAUAUCGAUCUACCAGCCUUUGAUCACCUGAAGCUGGACUUUGUCAUUGGUCGAUUUAUCUCAUCGCUUCAUCUGCCAGCAUCAUUCCUUCAAAUCACCCAUCAUCUGAUGACCAAAUACCCAGCCCCCGUCGAUCAUCCACGGAAUAAAAAGAAGAAGAAGAAUAAAAAGGAACAAUUCGAGAUAGAGGAAGGUCCAGCUUUGGCUUACAUCAUAGUCGCGAUGAAGCUACUCUUUGGAUUGGACGGCCACACUGAGGUGCUUUCUUCAGAGAUUGGAAGAAUCGUUAGGAACAAACUACCUACAGGUAGCAAGGUUGUCCCAUUUAUAUUUGAGGAGUGGAUGGCUAGUGAAAAACUGAGGGCAAAACACCAUCAGAUCAAAACCAACAUUUUCAGCCAUCAGGCAUGCAGAGAGGUGAGUGAUGUUUCAAGAUUCAUCGAUCAGCAUUCCAAGUCCUUCCUACUCAACUCAAAAAGAGAAACACUAUACAAAGCCGUAAAGUACCAAGGUCAGAGCCUUGGAAGUGAGAUGCAGCGACCAUUUAUGAAAGUCAGAGAUCAAGGUGAACCAAGUGGCCAGUCAUGUAUUCAUGAUGCUCCAAGCAGCUUUCCAUACCCCAGGAAUGGUCUUGACCAGAGAUCGGAAGGAAAAUCCAACAGUACGGAGUCUGGUACUGGAAUAGGUCAUGGUGCUGUGCCCACUGCUACCGAUGGUGUCCACUGGAUCUCCAAGAACUAUCUUGCUUCAUGCAACUUCUCAAGGAGCAGCGUAGACUACCUUGUGAAUCUCACCAAGUUCUGUAAGAAGAACGAUUUGGAUCCGGAGAGCAUAUUGAGCGAUGAUAGACUGAAGAAGAUCAUGUCAGAGAAGAAGGCAGAAUCCUACCCUGAAGGGAGUGAGCAAAGAGGAGGGAAGAGAAAGAAAGCUGGCAGUAAAGCUAAAGGCAAAGGAGAGACUCCAGGUCAUCAAGAUGAAGAUGAUUCUGACCCAGCUGCAGCUUCUGAAGGCACAUCAAAGUACACAAGGACAAAGAGAAAGAGGACUCGAACAGAAGAGGACAAUACUGGAAAUGGAAACCUUGGAAAGAUAAUGAAAGGGGCAGGAACUGACUCCAUGAGCCGAAGUGAUGUUGAGGAACUACCCUAUGAGCAAUGGAAACAAAUGGUGUUAUCAAGGACAGAGGAAGCAGAUGUCAGUAAGGACAAUCCUGGUAAGUCUUCCACAGGACUUGUUUCCUACAGCGUCUCCUACACCAGGUACAAGCCAGUCAGUGUUAAGCAAGCCAAGGCUAGUAUGUAUCAAGACGGUGAACCAGCAGCAUGGAGGCCAUUCCAUCGGUCGUACCAGUGGCUUCUAGAGCACUGUGCUGCCCUCUUGAGACUAGACUGGAUGUACAUUCAUGAAGCAGUGGCUGCAUUAGAAAAUCGGAUAUUUGAUUUGGAGGGCCACAAAAUAUGGACCCAUUAACUACAGGAUUCUGUAAUUCCCACAGGGACUACUCGGCGCUGAAUUCAUGACAUGUCAUGUAGCCCUCAACAAGAAUUUAGUUAACAGCAAAAAGGAUUUCAAGUUUGGUGUUGGUGUUUGCUUCGCAAGGACAAAUCAGACAGCUGUCCCUAGCCUCAACACCUACAUCAUGAACUUCUGAACACCUAGUGUGACCAUCUCAGCACCGGCUUCAGAUAACAUUUGGUGUU